AUGUCGUCCACCAGCAACGCCUCCAUUGACAAGUUCAACGGAGACAAUUACGCAACGUGGAGCCGGUACAUGCGCGAUGUGUUUUUGACGAAGUCCGUCUGGCACGUUGUCAACCGUGAAGUGACUCCGACUUUCACCGACCCGCGAGCGUCCGAUGACUACGUCAAGGCAAGCAACGUCGCGUUUGGUAUGAUGCUGCUGCACAUGAACGCGGACUACCAUCAUGUGCUGGACAACUGCGAGGAAGCCUGGGUUGCGUGGACAAGUCUGAAGACGCUGUACGGUGGGUCGCAGAAGGCAGGACGCAUCUACCUCAAGCGACAACUUUUCAGUAUCAAGAUGGCUGAAGGCGCGAACGUCAUGCAUCACUGCAACGAGGUCCUCAACAUCUCCGCCAAGCUUAGCGGCAUCGGUGCGAAGAUGGAAGACGAAGACGUUGCAAUUUGUCUGCUACUCAGUCUUCCGAAGAGCUACGAAAAUGUGGUGCUCAACAUGGAAAUGAGCAGCACCGAGCUUCGCACUCAAGAUGUGGUGAAAGUACUGACAAAUGAGCACGCCAAGCGUCAAGGGGAAAAGGUGACGACAACAGCGACUACGGUGAAGGCUGAAGAUGCAACCAAGGCAUUCAGCACCGAGCGUGAGCCUUACCAAAGCACGUAUUGUGGCAAGCCCGACGCGGCGGCAAUGGCCGUGGACGCGGGGGCUAACAAUGUCCAGUGGGGACAUCAUGAUGAAGGCAAUGGCUACGAUCGAGUGGCGUUUGCAGUCUCGUUCGAAUGUGGAGUUUCGACGAGCAAGGACGUGUCUGGAAUGUGGGCCGUCGACAGUGGUGCAACGCACCACAUUUGCCACGACAAGACCAAGUUCGCAAGUUUGGCAGAGCGCAAUGAGGGCGAACUCUUGGUGGCUGAUGGCAACAAGGUGGCCAUCAAGGGUGUGGGAACCAUCAUGGAAAAGGUGGUUCUGCCCAACGGUGAAGAGCGUGAGAUCGAAAUCAAGAACGCGCUAUAUGUUCCAAGUAUGAGCAAGAACCUGCUCUCGGUGCCACAGAUUAACAGCCAUGGCAAGUUUCAAGUCGUGUUUGACGGGUCCAAGAUGUAUGUGACUCUCAAGAACUCACAGCAAGUGGUGGCGACAGCGUGUUGA